AUGGACGAUAGGGGACGACAAAGAACCCGAAUUAUAGGGCUGCCUGUUCCACAGCUAUCAAUGUCAAGAGAUAGGUCAAGAGAUCGGCUAAGAGAUGGUUCGAGGUCCAGAAAUAGAAACAGGGAUCAAUCACCAUAUUCAUUGGAUGCAACAUUAUCGAGGGGGUACACUGGCGGCAAUGAUGUGCCAAUUUUGGAAGAUGAUGAGACGAGCGUUGAUUUGAAUCCUAUAUUGCCCGUAUUCAGCACACCUAAGAGUUCUAAUGCAGUUGCUGAUGGGAAAGAACUGGAUCAAGUUCCUCUUCCAGAGAAAAACGAUAAAGAUUUGGUUAAAGAAAUUGAUGACGACUUUCAGCUAAGAUUCAAUAAAGAUGUACAAUCAAAGGGGAGAGAUAAAAUUAUGAAAAGAAGGGAACCAUCGGCCACUCGUAGGAUUAGAAAAGUUAAUCAUUCAAGUUCAGAAUAUUCAUCAGAUAUUGAGAGCGUAGCAACUGACGAAGAAGAUAACGAUCCCAAAGACUUCUCAGGUAAUGAAAUUUCACAUAAAGUCAGUGAAGGUUCAACAAGAAACUCUAUAGGGAGGAAUAAGUCUAGAUCAAGUUUAAGAUAUACGAAAAAUCCAAGUUUGUUAGGUGUAACUGAUGUCAAUUCGGUCAAUAGGAAAGAACAUAGACUGCUAGAUAAUGCAUUUGCCAAUAUAGAAAAUACACAAGAUGAAUCCCAUCCAAGUGGGAUAUUUGGAUGGUUCAAUCGAAUUCCAAACAAGAUAUCGCUUGGACGAUCCAUUCGAAAUAAUGAGGCACCUGAAGAAUAUGAUAUGACCGAUUUUAGGGGCAGAAUUGGGAAUGAUAUUGAAAGUAAUGCUGGAAGGUCAACCGCAUCUAAAUUUCCAAGUUUACCGAACGGUAAAACCUUGAAUGAAAUACUCAAAAAACGGUCAAAUUUUGAUGAGAUUUUGAGCCCGAGUCGAAAAUUCAGAAUUAAAGGAUUCCAAAAGGGAGAACGUGAAGAACCUCGAAGUGACACAAAAGGUGACAAUAGAAACGCCGGAACAGAAGGUAGAGGGGAAGAGGAAGAGGAAGGUGAUGGCGAUACCAAGCAUGAAUUUGAUGACGGAAUUACAUGGAAUUUGAUGAGGCUGUACAACGAAAUUCCCGACUCGGUGGAUGAAGACAAUAUCUUUUCAGAUGAUUCAUCAAUUUAUCUCAAUGAAAGGAUGGGAAAGAAGCCAUACCAGAUAGGUGGGGGUAUCCAAGAUAGGGUACGAAGGUUCCGACACAGCAACAUGUUUAGCGGCAGCAGUCGAGAGAAUUCGUUAGACAGAGGUAGGUCAAUGUUUAGGUCACAGUCUCGAUCGGGAUCCAAAUCGCCCUUGAGGCCCAAAUCACUGAAUAGGUUUUAUAAGAGUGAGGAUGAUUUAUACACAAACCAGAUAAAAUUACCUGACUUCUCACUUGGGAAGGAGAAGGAGGACAAAAGGUUGAAGAAGAUCAAAAAGAAAUCCAAAAGGUACAAGGCUGCUAGAAUCACCGUUCAUAUUGUUGAAUUGAUCUACAGACAAGAAUUUUUGUUGACGUUAUGCAAGGCGUUUAUGAUGUAUGGAGCCCCUAAUCAUCGAUUGGAGGAGUAUUUGACGGUGACAGCCAAAGUGUUGGAGGUGAAUGCAACGUUUAUAUAUUUGCCGGGGAUGAUGUUGGUGAAUUUCUCUGAUCCAACUACUAGGACCAGUGAUUUAAAGUUGGUCCGUGUGGGGCAGGGGUUGAAUUUGGGUAAAUUAGACAAGGCACACGAUAUAUACGAGAGUGUCGUAUACGAUCGACUAGGUGUUGAUGAAGCAUCCAAGGCACUGGACGACUUAUUCACCAGUACUGAGUUUUUGAACAACUACUGGCUCAUACUCUUCUACGGAUUGUCCAGCAUGUUUGUGUUAUGUUUCUUCAAUGGAGCCUGGUUGGAUAUGAUACCUUCCUUUUUGUUGGGAUGUCUAUUAGGUUUCCUGCAGUGUAUUGUAGCACCGAAGAAUGAGAUCUACACGUCGUUCUUUGAAGUUGGGGUUGCCAUUGUGAUCAGCUUUGUGAGCAGAGCAAUUGGCUCGAUUGCCAAUGGUAAAUAUUUCUGUUUCAGUGCCAUUGUCUUGAGUUCCUUAUCUAAUAUUUUACCAGGAUACAUGAUUUUAAGGGGGGCCUUGGAAAUCCAGAGCAAGAGUAUCAUAUCUGGAGUUGUUGGCUUGAUCUAUGCCAUCAUAUACUCCUUAUUUCUUGGAUUCGGACUGACACUAGGAUCCGCACUUUAUGGAUGGAUCGACAAGAAUGCCUAUGACAAAACCACCUGCUCCAAUAUUGGACAUAUUGGAGAUAUUUGGAAAUUGCUCAUGGUUCCGUUGUUCAACAUCACCGUUGCACUUGUCUCACAGGGGAAGAUCCACCAACUCCCCGUCAUGUGUCUCGUUGGAUGCGGUGGCUAUGUGGUUACCUACUUUGCCUCUAAGCAUUUCACCGUUACCCAAAUCAGUUCCGCCCUUGGAGCCUUCACGGUGGGUGUACUCAGUAACGUCUACGACCGGUGGGGGAAACACCUGACCAAGUUCACGGGGGCCCACUGCAGCACCAAGUUCACGGCCAUGAUCUGUGGAAUCUUUGACCUAGUUCCUGGUGGAUUUGCUGCCCGCAACGUGCUCUCAACGGGGCUCCAACAACUAGGAAACGGGGGGUCCUCCAACACUUCAGUGGCCUCUACAUCGACAUCCACUACAGCAGCAGACACAUCUACAUACCUCUUUGGAGUGACAAUGGUUGAGAUCGCCAUUGGCAUCACGGUGGGGCUCUUCAUGGCAACCCUUGCCGUGUAUCCUCUCGGUCCAAAGAGGGGCGAGUCCUCAAUCGGACUUUGA